AUGCGGACGUCUCUUCUCCUCGCGUCCAUCGUCGGCCUCGUUGUCGCCGAGGAUGGCCUCGACGGUUGGCUGCGCUACGCCAGACUCCCCGAGUCGGCAGGCGCAGCGAACGCUCUUCUUCCUUCUGCCGUAGUUGGACUCAACGCCACGGAGAACGGUCCGAUUACUUCUGCCCUUUCCGAGCUGCAAAAGGGGUACAAAGGCAUUCUCGGCAAGGAGGUCACAGUUGGCAGCGAUGCUUGCAAUGGUUCUUCUAUCGUCGUGGCCACCCUCGACACCUACGUUGCGGCCUGCGGUGCCGACAGUGUCACAGCGGACCUCGUCGAAGAUGGCUUCUGGCUGAGCGUCAAGGGCGACUCGGUCAAGAUUCUAGGUCAGAAUGAGAGGGGCGCCUUGUACGGUGCCUUUGAGUACUUGAGCUUGCUUGCUCAAGGCAACUUCAGUGAGGUUGCGUACGCGACCAACCCGUCUGCAAAGAUUCGCUGGGCCAACCAGUGGGAUAACAUGGAUGGCACCGGAACUCACGGCAGCAUCGAGCGUGGUUACGGAGGAGUCUCCAUCUUCUUCGAAAACCUCAAGGUUGUUACCGACAUGACCCGCGUCUCUCAAUACGGCCGCCUCCUAGCCUCAGCCAAAAUUAACGGCAUCAUCGUGAAUAACGUCAACGCCAACCCCAUCCUCCUGUCCUCGGAGAACAUGGACGGCUUGAAGAGAAUUGCGGAUGCCUUCAGGCCCUGGGGCGUCCAAAUUGGCAUCUCGAUGAACUUUGCUUCCCCGCAAACCUUUGGUAACCUCACGACGUUCGAUCCCCUCGACGAGACUGUCAUUGCGUGGUGGGGCAACAUCACCGAGCAGCUCUACUCGCGCAUCCCAGACAUGUGCGGAUACCUCGUCAAGGCCAAUUCCGAGGGCCAGCCUGGCCCCAUAACAUACAACAGAACCCUCGCGGACGGUGCCAACCUCUUUGCCAGGGAGCUGAAGAACCAUGGCUUCAAGCAGGGCAUCGUCAUGUUCCGUGCCUUUGUCUACGAUCAACUGAAUUGGACAGACUGGCACGCGGACCGAGCAAACGCGGCUGUGGAAUUCUUCAAGGAGCUGGACGGCAAGUUCGACGACAAUGUCGUUGUACAGAUCAAGUAUGGCCCCAUCGACUUCCAAGUCCGUGAGCCUGUGUCGCCUCUCUUUGCCAACCUGGAGCACACCAACAUGGCUAUCGAGCUGCAGAUCUCGCAGGAAUACCUCGGGCAACAGGAUCAUCUCGUUUACCUCCCUCCUCUGUGGAAGACCAUCCUGGACUUCGAUCUGCGCAUCGGAGGGCAGCCCUCCGUGAUGCACGACAUUCUCUCGGGCAAGCGCUUCAACAAGACUCUAACCGGAUAUGCUGGUGUUGUCAAUGUCGGUGCCAACUCUACUUGGCUGGGUAGUCACCUCGCCAUGUCAAACCUCUAUGCUUACGGCCGACUAGCGUGGAACCCGACUGAUGAUGUUACCACCAUUGUUGAGGACUGGACCCGUCUGACCUUCGGUCUGGACCCCACCGUCAUCGACACCAUCACCAAGAUGUCCAUGGAGAGUUGGCAUGCGUACGAGAGCUACAGCGGCAACCUGGGAAUCCAGACGCUGACCGAUAUUCUGUACGCUCAUUAUGGGCCGUCGCCUAGAUCUCAGGACAACAACGGCUGGGGCCAGUGGACCAGAGCGGACGGAUUCAGCAUCGGCAUGGACCGAACAGUCGAGAAUGGCACUGGUAACGCUGGACAGUACCCGACAGAGGUGGCGGAGAUGUAUGAGAACAUUGACACCACACCGGACGACCUCCUCCUCUGGUUCCACCACGUCCCCUACACUCACGUGCUCAAGAGCGGAAAGACCGUCAUCCAGCACUUUUAUGAUGCACACUACGACGGUGCUGCCACUGCUCAGACGUUUGUAUCCAUGUGGGAGUCUCUCAAGGACCAGAUUGAUGCCGAGCGCUACGAGCAUAUCCUCUUCAAGCUCAAGUAUCAAGCAGGGCACUCCAUUGUGUGGCGUGAUGCUAUCAACAACUUCUACUGGAACAAGUCCAGCAUUGCCGAUGAGGCGGGCCGUGUGGGCAACUACAAGUACCGCAUCGAGGCCGAGAGCAUGACUUUGGACGGAUACAAGGUUGUGAAUGUUGACCCCUUCGAGACGGCGUCCGGCUACAAGGCCAUUGUCACCAGCUCCAACACGACUGCCGGAACUGCUACAGCCGUCGUCGACUUUGAGUCUGGAACUUACACUCUUGCUGUCAAUUACUUUGACGUCAUCAGGGGCAAAUGCUCGUUUGUUGCCUAUAUCAACGACCAAGUCGUUGGCCAGUGGAGGGGAGACGGGGAGGAGAAGCUGGGUCACUGGCCAUCGGAGUACCUGGAUGGACAUUCAGCCAUUCGUAUCAACUUCCCCGGGGUCAAGAUUGAGAAGGGAGACACUCUCAAGAUUGUCGGAACUCCAGACGGGCCAGAGGUGGCCCCUCUAGACUACGUGAGCUUCUUGCCCGACGGUAUCAUCGAUUAG